CAGAAGCAGUAACCAUGUUCUGGGUGUUAGCAGUCUUACUGUUUGUUACAGGCGGAUUAGCAAACGUGUGCUUCCUGAACAAUGAUCGUUUUUUUCCUGCCAUUUUUACCCAAGAAUUUGGCUCCAAAAAUAUCAUUAUCAGCACAAGAGGGGGUGAAGUAUCUUGGGAUGAUAGGACAACAGUGAAUGGUUACUGCUGGGGUACUCUCAAGUAUGGAUUUUACAACGGUACUGACCACGUUAGUAACAGUCUUGAAAUGUUUCCUCUGGCGCACGUUGUCUUUUCCUGCAUUGAUUCUCGAGUGACGUUGGGUGCCGUAGAACUUGGGAGUGAUCAAUGGCUUGGUUGUUUUAGUGCAUCCAAAUAUUUCGUAACUAGGGUGCCUGGAUGCGAAUUUCAAGACCUUGCCUAUGGAUUCCUCGUGGAACAUCGACCUGUAGUUCUUGCGCUAGUUUGCUACAACGCGGAACUAGAGCGGCCCAGUUUCCUGCAUUACGUAGCUGGUGCUCGUAGCACUAUCCUUGAGUGGCAGCAAUUCGAUAAUCUUGCGAAUUUGCCGAUUCCUUAUUCUCAAGUUUUCAUUAACGACAUCAACCUGGAUACUGAGCAGCGGUCUUUAUCGGAAGCAAUCCAAGAUCUAAUUCCUGAAUACGAAACCGCGGGACAAUAUGAAUUAGAUGAAUUUAUUCCUUUGAAGCAGUCAUUGGGCGUUUUUGGAUCCUACGUUAAUGACUUUCGCAUCGUAAAUGUGAUCCCCUGGUGGACAUCCUUGAAGCUUGGUAACUGGAGGUUAAUAGAAAAAGCCAUCGAAGCGAUAUCAAAAACUGAGCGGUACGAGAUUUUUUCUGGUACCUCAGGUGUUGUGACCUUCCCUAGAAAUGAAGGUAAAAAUCACACGACUAACAUUACACUCGAUUUUGGAAAGGUUGGGCCUGUUGGUGCGGUGCGUGACACUGUCCCAGAACGUGAAUAG